UAAGACAACAUUGAGUGAAGCAAUGCUGUAUAAUUGAGACCAUUCGAUAAAAAAAUUAAUCCAUAUUUCUUUGUCAUAUAUGAAAUAAAAUAGAAAUGAUGUCAUUGAAUUAAAAAAUUUUUGUAAAAUAAUGUGUUAAUAAAAGUUUUUUUCUCCUAAAAUAUUUUUGUCUUUAGUGAAAAGGUUAAUUACAGCAAACGAUCACUCAAAAAACGAAUACUUACGAAAAAAAAACAAACGAAUAUUAAAUAACGAAAUUUUUAGUUUUAGUGACAUUUGUGAACAAGAGAACGCUUAGAUAAAGACAAGUAUGCGUUUCAAAUUAUUCUUAGCCAGUUUACUGGCUUGCGGCUUCAUAGCCCAUGUCAUUGCCAAUGAAAAGAUCUCAACUGAAACGGAAAGUGUUGCUCACCCCAAAGAUAAGAGCCCUCUAAAAAGUACAGUGCUGAACAAAAAUGAGGCCGUGGAAAUGUUUGAAGUUUUGCCUCCAACCAAUCCAAAACCAUCGAAGACAAACGUGACGCCCAAAGUGAAUAGCAAAAUGCCAAAAUCGCCAAUUGUGCCGCCAUCGGGCAAUAUGUCACAACAACGUUCCAGCGCUUUGCAAAUGGCUGACUUUUAUUUAGGCGAAUUGGGCUAUGAUAUUACCAAUGACAAUGGAUACAAUUGGGAUCCCAACAAUCCCAUGGCCCCACCAACCAUACCAUCACAUUCCCUCACAGGAGGUUAUACCAUAACACCACAACGUUUGGCUGAAAUUCGUUCAUAUUUCAUGUAUUGGUAUUUCGACAAGGAUAUGUAUGGUGGUCGUGGCGACUAUCAGUUUGACAUUCAUGCAUCAACGACACAAAUUCAUAAGAAUUUGAAUUUCCAAUUGCCGUUCUUUGGAUUCCGUUUCAAUUAUACAAGGGUUUCCCUUAAUGGCUAUUUGGAAUUCUCUGAUCCCCCCGAAUAUUUCACUUAUCCCUUGGUGUUUCCCGUCAAAGAUUGGCCCAAGAAAAAUGAUCCCUCCUUCAUUGGCAUUUUCUUUUCCAAGUGUCGUGUGGGUCGCAUUUAUCCCACCGAUAUUGACCAACGUACUCCAGGUGUUUAUUUCCGCAUGGAACGUGAUCUGAUGACACGCACUGACAGAUUCGGCGUUGAAGUACGUGAACGCACCAUGUGGGAUAUACGUGAUGGUGUUGUGGGAGCUGACACUUUUGUGCCCAAGCAUGUUGUUAUCACAACCUGGAAAAAUGUAUCAUUCGCUGGUGGCAUCGAUAACUCGCUUUUUACGACUAACACCUUCCAAAUGGUUUUGGCUACCGACGAAGUCUACACUUAUGCCAUUUUCAAUUAUGACGUCAUCAAUUGGUCUGCCCACACAGAAGCCGGUGGUGAUACCACACACGGUGAAGGCGGUGUUCCUGCUUUUAUUGGUUUCAACGCUGGCAAUGGAACGCGCUCCUAUGAGUACAAACCUUACAGUCAAAACAUGGUGUUGCGCGAUUUGACAGGACGUGGCUGGGCUAAUGGCUUCCCGGGACGUCAUAUCUUCCGUUUGGAUGAGCAAAUUUUAAUUGGGUCCUGUAACAAGGAUAUCGAUGCUGCUCUUUUACCUUUGACCUUUGCUCCGGAGUCGGGCAACAUGUUGGGUGGUACUGUUGUCAACAUCACCGGUCCCUGCUUUGAUCCAAAUAUACGUGUGAUGUGUCACUUUGAUACGGAAGAUGUCCUGGGCCAAUAUGUGGACAAGAAUCGUGUCAUCUGUGUGCAGCCAUUCCUAAAGGCCGAGGGCUAUAUACGUUUUGAAAUCUCAGUGGGUAAUGAGCGUUUCAAAUGGCGUGGUAAAUACUUUGUAGAAACACCUCAGGCGGCCACCGAGAAGAUAUUCUUCGAAACCGAUGAUGUCCACAAGAAGGCUCCCAAGGAAAUACGCAUUAACUGGAACGCUUUCAAUUUGACCUCAAACGCAAAUGCCAAUAUUAUGAUAUCUCUGUGGGGCUAUCGUGAAACCACAAUUUAUCCCCAAUUGGAGUAUAUCGACGUAAUUGAGGCCAGUGCCACCAAUACAGGCAAAUACAUUAUCUCGCCCCAGAAUUACAUUAACCGCAAUAAUGUUAAAACCAACGAUAUGCAAUUCGGAUUCCUGCAAAUCAAUUUAACAGAUCCUCAGCAGUACAAUAAUUUACAAAUCAGCCCGAUUCUAUGGUCAAAACCCAUACCAUUGGCUUGGUAUUUCGGACCACAAUGGGAGCGUAUGCAUGGUUACAAAUGGCCACGAGCAUUGUGUGAUAAUUGGAUACGUAACGACAGAUAUCUGAGAAACUUUGCUGCUGAUUUACCCUUGUGCCCUUGCACCAUGGAACAGGCAAUUUACGAUAAGGGACGUUAUAGGCCAGAUCGCGAUUGUGAUAAGGAUUCAAAUCCCACCUGUUUGCGUCACAAGACUGCCAUACAUUGUGUGGUCAGUGGAACACCAACCGCCCAAGGAGCCGAGCAACAAUGUUGCUAUGAUCGUUAUGGCUUCCUCAUGUUGACCCAGGAUCAAAUGUGGGGCUCUCGUCCUCGUCGCAACCACAAUCUGGGUAAGAUGCCCUGGAAUGAGGCCAGUAAAGUGCCCACCUUGUCCACAUGGUUCCAUGAUAUGCGUCCCUUCUACACAUGCUGCUACUGGCAGGAGGAACAAGCUGUGGGCUGUGAAACCUAUCGCUUUGAACGUCGUCCUUCCCAAGAUUGUGUAGCCUAUCAAGCACCUGGUGUGGCUGGAGUCUUUGGUGAUCCUCAUUUCAUUACUUUCGAUGGUACUCAGUAUACCUUUAAUGGUUUGGGCGAAUUCGUGCUCUCACGCAGUGUGGAUGCUGAUCAACGUUUUGAGGUUCAGGGACGUUUCGAACAAAUGCCCAAUAAUGUCUAUGGUGCUGUGCCUGCCACUCAGCUAACAGCCAUGGCCAUGCGUGGUAAUACCACCACCACAAUUGAGGUGCGCAUACGUCCACAACAUGCACGUUGGCGUUAUAGGAUGGAUGUAUUGGCUGAUGGUCGUAGAAUUUACUUUGAUCGGGAAAGUUUGAAAUUCCAACAUUUUGAUGGUGUCACCGUAUACACACCCACCUAUUUGCUCAAUCAGUCACAGGUGGUGGUAAUGUUUGAUUCCGGCAUUGGCGUAGAGGUCAUCGAGAAUGAGGGUUAUAUGACGGGAAGAGUUUAUUUGCCAUGGAAUUUCAUAAAUAAAACCGCAGGCUUAUUUGGCAAUUGGAGUUUCAAUCCCAUGGAUGACUUUACCCUGCCCAAUGGCCAAGUCAUGAAUAUCAAUCCGUCCGAUUUCAAGACUCUUCACAAUCAAUGGGCCAUGAAAUGGAUGUUGGCCGAUCGUGAUCUACCUGGUGUGGGGGCGGCUUUGUUUACUCGAGAAUUUGGACGAACGGCCAGUUAUUUCUCGAAUGCUUCAUUUGUGCCCAACUAUACGCAAGAACCGGUUAACUUUUUACCAGCCAAUCGUUCGUAUGACAUUGAAAAGGCUCAGGAUCUGUGUGGUGAAUCGUAUCAGUGUCGAUAUGAUUAUGGCAUGACAUUAAAUCGAGAUUUGGCGCAUUUUACAAAGAACUACUAUGACAGUUUGGUGAAUAUAAGGACCUUGAAUCAACAGCGUGUGGUCUCCUGUGGUGUUUUGGAAACUCCUCGAUUUGGUCGUAAACUAAGCUUCAACUUUAUGCCCGGCGCCAAGGUUUCAUUUGAGUGCAAUGAAGGAUUCGUCUUGAUUGGUGAUCAAAGACGUGAAUGCAUGUCCAAUGGAUUGUGGAAUAUGCCCGAAUAUGGUUAUACCGAGUGUCUACGUGAAGUUUACUAUACCCGGCGUGUGGCUUUCAUAGCAAUUGGCAUUAUCAUAGCUGUUAUUUUACCCCUGAUGUUGUGUAUUGUCUGUGGCGUGUAUCGCUUCCGCCAGAAACAAUUGAAGGAGGAUCCACAAUGGCAAAUGACGCUGCCACGUUCGCGAGCCUCGUCGCGCACCAAUCUCAAGUCGCUGAAUGCAAAUGGGGACUACGAUAGCGAUACAGAUGCCACAGGCACCCUUAAAAAAAGUAGGUCAUAUGAUAAAGUUUACCGUACGAAUGAACCACUACCGGGCAAACCACGUAUUGAUUUUCCAGCUAAAAAAUGGGAUCUGGAUGACGGGGAUGUGACCUCAUCAGAAGGUAGUGAAAAUAAAGAUACAAAAUUAGCAAAGGAUAUUGAAUACAUUAAUAAAACAGGUGAGAAGCCCAAACAAAUGGGACGUCGUUCGCUGCGUGACAUUUCGGGAUUGGAUCAGGAUCAGGAUCCACAUGAGCAUGAGGGUGCCGAUGCAGCUGACCACCAUGAUGUAGAGCAUGAUGACGAUGUGGGUGUACAACAUCCGGCGGGCUAUCAUCAGCCACCAUCGCCCGAGGCCGAUGAUCAUGAUGAGCAUGGAUUGCCAUUGCAUCAAAUGCAGCAACAGCCGCGUCAACAAUAUAGCCCUACUUUCAGUGGUGCCGACAGCAGUUUCAGUGGCGAAAGCUAUCAUCCCAAUAAUCCAUCACUGAAUCGCUUUGGUGGUGUGCCUGUUAUGCCCAAUGCCAAUAGUCCAUUCUUCAAUAGGCCCCCAUCGAAUAUGCCACCACAGGCCACAAUGGCACCAGCACCCACAGCAGCACCCGCACCAGCCCAAGCUCCUCCAUCUCUGCCAGCACGCCCUGCCCCCAUUGUGGCUACCCAUUUGACCCAAGACAGUGGUUUGCCUUCACCCCCCCAUGCAGUUUCACCCACUCCAUCUAACCAAAACCAAAGAUCCACCGAAGUUUAAUCAGACGCAAAACAGAAAAUGACAAAUUAACCCCAACAUGCCCCACCCAACAAACAAACUAAUCCAAAUCGCCAACAUUCAUAUCCCUUCCCCCCCAAAACUGCCCUCACGUUAUAGCAUAUCCCGAUCCUCAGCGUCAAUUAACUAUGCCAUAUACCAUCAUGGGUUAUCAUAGCAUAAAGGAAAUAAUUCGUUUUUGUACCGCCAUCAUUGUAAUAAACAUUCAUAAAAAAGCUAUAAAGUUCAAAUUAAAGUGAAGACACAACAAAAACAAAAACACACAACAUUUCUCUUUUCUUCUCAUUGACACUUACAGGUAGAAGGAAGUUUUACAUAUUAAGUACUAAUUCAUAAAUUAACCAAACUGCUUAUAUAAAAGCUUUCAUUUUAUUAGCUUUUAAUCAUUCUAUAU